CUUCACACAGAAGAGAAUCUGAGACCAGGCGAGGAAAAGAGCGGGAGGUUUUACAGCAAAGACGCGCCGUGACGCACAAAUGGUUUUUCUGUGGGACGCGAAAUACGACCCAGCCUCCGGCCGGCGUUACACCCCCCCCUCCACCACCCUCGCCUCAGGGGGGAAGAUGGCCGAGGCCCUGCCGCUGGGCACCCAGGAGGCCGGAAGCGGGGCUGCUCUGGUGGGCAAGCUGCGCCUGGCGGACCGUGGCAUGGUGGAGGUGAUCUCUGAUCAUCCAGGUGAGCUGGUGAAGACUGACAGCCCCAACUUCCUGUGCUCGGUGCUGCCCACACACUGGAGGUGCAACAAGACUCUGCCCAUUGCUUUCAAGGUGGUCACCCUGGGUGACAUCCCCGACGGCACCUUGGUAACGGUGAUGGCGGGAAACGAUGAAAACUACUCAGCGGAGCUUCGCAACGCCACGGCCGCCCUCAAGAACCAGGUUGCCAGAUUCAACGACCUGCGCUUCGUUGGCCGCAGUGGACGAGGGAAGAGUUUCACUCUGACUAUCACAGUGUUCACCAACCCUCCUCAGGUGGCCACAUACCAACGAGCAAUUAAAAUCACCGUGGAUGGUCCAAGAGAGCCGCGACGUCACCGUCAGAAGAUGGACGAGGUCAAACCGGGAUCCCUGGCGUUCUCCGAGAGGCUAACAGAGCUGGAACAGCUGAGACGCAACUCGAUGAGGGUGACGCCUCCUCACCAUCAUCAUCACCAUCAUCAGCCCUCGGUCAAUGCCCGCCAGUCUGCCGCGCUCAACUCUGCCACGUUCUCCAGCCCCACGCACACCCAGAUAACUGCUGAUUCCAGACAGAUGCAGUCAUCUCCCUCUUGGUCCUACGACCAAUCGUAUCCCUACCUUGGCCAAAUAACCACGCCUACUGUCCACUCAGCCAAUCCCCUUUCACCUGGCCGCUCCUCACUCAGUGACUUGUCCUCACGACUCUCAGGUCCUGACCUCACAGCCUUUGGCGACCCCAGGAUGACCUUAGAACGAUCUUUCACUUCCCUCCCGGACCCCCGGGUCCACUACCCUCCCACAGCGGCGGCCUUCACCUACACCCCUUCCCACAACCCCGUCUCCAACAGCGCCCUUGGCAUCACCAUGGCAACGGCCAUGGCGACCACCCCGACAGGGAGGUACCACACCUACCUGCCUCCUCCCUACCCUGCGAACGGCCACCACCAGGCUCAGAGCGGGCCCUUUCAGUCCACCUCCUCGCCGUACCACCUAUACUACUCCACCGCCGCUGGCUCCUACCAGUUCUCCAUGAUGGCCGGGGGAGGGGGAGGAGGAGGUGACUCGCGCUCCCCUCCCAGGAUCCUGCCACCAUGCACCAACGCCUCCACAGGCUCCUCCCUCCUGCACCCCUCCCUGCCCAAUCAGAACGAAGGAGUGGGUGUUGAGGUAGAGUCCAGCCAUAGCAGCUCACCAACAAACAUGGCCGCAGCUGAAGCUGUGUGGAGACCAUACUGAAGCAGCCGAGCGGGGGAAAAGCCUCUGAAUGACACACCCCACCCUGACUGUGGCUCUGAGCUCAUUGGUUCCUACUGAUGAUAUAAAUGUUUAAAAACACCUCACAGAUAUGUCAUUUCAGGACACAGGAGGACACAGUGCAUUUGUUAGGGGACUAUUUUCAGCGGCAGAUAAACCCACAUUUGCUGCUCUGGAGACUAUUUCCAGCAGCAGGACUGUGUGUGUGUGUGUGUGUUCAUGGUGAUGAAGGAACAUGGCAUCAGUGACACAGUGAGCCUCAUUGAUGUGUGUUAAUAUGCACACACGCACACACAGACGGUAGGAGACAGUCAUUGUUGGUGUUUGUCUGCAUAACUCCUCCUCCCAGGAUCCAUCUGUAAGACAGACAUACAUUUUAUCUAUCAGCGCGUUUCAAGGCACUCAAGGAUACGGAAGAGGAUUAGGGAAUUCUGACUUUAAUCU